GCCGAUGUCACUAGUGUAGAGGGCGAUGACCCCGCAGAUCCCAGGGCUACUGGCCGGGGCGGAAGUCGAUGAGGGGAGAGAGGGUUCCGGUCCUGAGGGUCCAAAACCGGGGCUGGGGCCGAGGCGGCGCCGGAAGAGCAGCAGCCGGAGGCCGGGAGUGGGGGGUGUGUGGCUUGAAAGAGCUAGUGAAAGGACACCCGGCCCCGCCUCCUCCCAGCUCCGCCCCAGACUGGCCGGAAGUGGCGCGCGCGCCUGCGCACUGCGCGCUCAAGGCUUCGCGGCCUCUGGACAACCGGCCGCAUUGGCUUCGGGCAUGGAUCCUCCCGGCGGCUUAGACCUCCCGGGCGCCUUUGUGCUGAGCAACCUGGCGGAGGUGGUGGAGCGCGUGCUCGCUUUCCUGCCCGCCAAGGCGCUCCUACGCGCUGCCGGCGUGAGCCGGCUCUGGAGCGCGUGCGCGCGUCGCGUGCUGCGGGCCCAAUGCUCCGUGGCCUGGGUGUCCGCGGGCCGGGCCGAGGCCGCCCCCGACGGGCACCGACUGCUGCGCGCUGUCGCCGAGGAGCUAGAGAAUGUCCGCAUCUUACCAAGGAUGGUUCUGUAUAUGGCUGAUUCAGAAACGUUUGUUUGUCAGGAGCAGCGUCGGGGCCAUGUGAAAUCAAGGAAAAGAAUGAGCAUGGAAACAGCAGUUGCCCUUGAGAAACUGUUCCCGAAACAGUGCCAAGUCCUCGGGAUUGUGACCCCAGGAAUUGUAGUGACUCCAAUGGGAUCAGGUAGCAAUCAACCUCAGGAAAUAGAAAUUGGAGAAUCUGGUUUUGCUCUGUUAUUUCCUCAAAUUGAAGGAAUAAAAAUACAGCCCUUUCAUUUUAUUAAGCAACCAAAGAAGUUAACACUGGAAAAACAUCAGCUUACUGAAGUGGGUCUUCUAGAUAACCCGGAACUGCGUGUAGUCCUUGUGUUUGGCUAUAACUGCUGUAAGGUGGGAGCCAGCAGUUACUUGCAGCGUGUGGUCAGCACUUUCAGCGACAUGAACAUCAUCUUGGCUGGAGGCCAGGUGGACAGUCUGUUGUCAUUGACCUCUGAGAAGGCUCCUCUAGAUAUCAAUGCCACCGGCGUGGUUGGACUGUCCUUCAGUGGGCUUCGAAUCCAGAGUGCCACAGUGCUCCUUAAUGAGGACGUCAAUGAUGAGAAGACCGCAGAGGCAGCCAUGCAGCGCCUCAAGGCAGCCAACAUCCCAGAGCAGGACACCAUCGGCUUCAUGUUCGCGUGUGUUGGCCGGGGCUUCCACUACUACCGAGCUAAAGCCAAUGUUGAGGCUGAUGCAUUUAGAAAGUUUUUUCCUAGUGUGCCUUUAUUCGGCUUCUUUGGAAAUGGAGAAAUUGGAUGUGACCGGAUAGUUACAGGGAACUUUAUUCUGAGGAAGUGUAAUGAGGUAAAGGAUGAGGAUUUGUUCCACAGCUAUACAACAAUAAUGGCCCUCAUUCACCUGGGGUCAUCUAAAUAAAGUGGCUUGCACAGCACAUAACUUUGGGUUCUGGCUUUUCCAGAAAAUGGAACCUUGGGAUAUGUGUAUUUGAAAGAAAAAUAACUUCAGGUAUAUCUAUUUUCUUCAGUUUUGAAUGACACACUGAGGUCACUCUGAGGUAAUUUUUAACAUAUAACACGAAGCAUAACUUUGUACACAACAUAACACACCAAGAAUCCUGCCUCAGGAACAAACAAAUCUUUGUGGUUACGUUGCACCAGAUUACGUAGCUGAUGUAAAGUGACUUUAAAUGGUGGCAGCUGGAGAAUUGCUUUCCACAUCUACCUCUUUAUAUUGGUAGGUGAUCUGUUAGCAAAAUCAUGAAGACUUUUUUUCCCCUUCAGUAAAGGAGGAAAAGCCAUAGAUAGCUGAAAGAUUUUUCUCUGCUGUAUUUCAGUUUCACCAGGUUUUUUCAGAAGUUGUAACAAUAUUACUGACUUAUUUGAUCGAAAUUAAAGAAAUGUUUUUGUUUUGGUGCUCAGAUAAACUGCCAAGACUAGAUUUUAAGAAGUAAAGUAUUUUCAUUUUUUUCUCUCAUUAUAGAAAUUUUUUCGUAUAGCUCUAUAUAACUAAUUGGAAGACCAAAAAAUUACCUUAUUUUGGCUUAUGCCAAUAAAAUAUACAUUUGGAAUUCA